UGAAUAAUAUAAAAUUUCAAUAAUUUUAAUAUUUUUCAUUGUGAAUUAAUUUGUGACUAUUUUUAUAUUUCUUUAUAUUAAGAACUGCUAUAAUCUAAUUGAUUUGGAUACUUUUUUUAUAUGCAACUAUACCCUUUUACUAUGAUGAAUUUACCCAAAUUAUCAUAUGGGUAAAAACUUAAACUAAAGUAAUAAUUGAUGAUGUUUUAUUAAUUUUAAAAAUAAUAAAAUUAAAAUUCUACUAAAAGCAAUUUUUUAAUAGUUUUUCCAGUUUAUAUUUAAAAAUACAAUAUGGCUGAAGGUGGUUUUGAUCCUUGUGAAUGUAUAUGGAGUCAUGAACAAGCUAUGCAACGGUUAAUAUCAUUGGUAAGGUCUUUGUUAGUUCCAGGACCUCAGAAUGUACAACCACACAGUGGAGAUUUUAACUUUUUGCUUUUUCUCAUGGGAUGGAUGGUACUGGCAUUGGCAUUGUAUUUUCUUCGACCAAAAUCUUUGAAAAAUAGAGGCGAUACGAAACCUUCUAAUCAGGUAUGAAUUAUAUAUAUAUAUAUAUAUAAAUGUAUUAA